AUGUUCGGACUGCGUUCGGACUUUGCCGAAAAGCCUUUGAUCUCGUUCGGAUUGUGUUCGGACCUCGUUCGGACCUUUUGUUAUGUGUUAGGACCUUGUUCGGACCUGGAGACAGAGAAGUGUCGCUGGACUGGCAAAGUCCUGAUUUCGUGCCUUCAGUCUUUGUGUACACCAAACAACGCCAGAGACCCGAGGCAAAGAUGGAAAGAUACCAUCGGAAAAGGAGGAGAGAUGACAGGACAAACAAGUCACCAGUUCAACCUGGUCCUUGUGACAUUCCAGAAGAACAAGGAGAUACCAACAUGGAACACUGCCAUGCACAAGAAGAUAUCCCAGUCCCAAGGAGUGAAUAUGAUGAUCUCAGCCUGCGGCACCGUCAACUUCUGGAUGAAUAUGUCAACCUGCAGCAGGAGUUUGAUAAACUGCAGGCUGAGAAUCAAAUCUUAA